CGGAUGUGGCACUUGAUGCAAUUGCUCUACUGCCAGGCUGCUCAUCUGCGUAUGGAAAAGUCAUCUUGGAUACAGGAGCAUCGGAAUCAUGGGGUGGAAGGAUUCUCUUAUCAGACUGGACGGCCAGCACAAAAACUCAGAAGCAGGGGGGAAAGAGAAGGGAGCUUUCCAGAAGGUCACGGCUAGGCCCCUCCACAGAGUCCAUCGUGGUCGAAGGCUCCAAAGUGCUGAUUCCCUAGCAGAACGCCGUCUUUCGCUCCAGAGUGUUGAUGAUGGGACAGCGCGGUGGCGCGGCGGUAGCGCCGCUGCCUCCCACUCAGAUGAUGAUAUCAACCUCGAGCUCAGGAAGCUACUGGCUGAGAUGUACCACGUAAACAUUCCUCUUCAAAAGCCGCCAGAAGGCGAUGAAGUGCAUUCUGAUGUUCUGCAUCUAAAAGCAAAUCCCUCACACUCGUUCUCAAAAGUGGGACCUCUUUUAGAUUUCACACAACAAACCCCAGCACCAGAGAUAAGAAAAACCACCAAGCGCGUAACUGAGAGUCUGUCAUCCAGGAGGACCUGGAAGCAAAUCUGGGAUCACAGUUCCAAGCAGUCACAGUCAGAAAGCAGACACAGGAUCUCUCUUCAGCCGAUAAAAGUCAGCCCACUCCCCAAGAGGGGCAGCAAGGACACCAGAGUGCACCGUAAGGAAAAAGAAGAGCAGCCCAGUGUCGUUGAGAAGAAAGCCAGACCAGGAUUACCCUUUGGAGGUUCCAUUCCAAGUGCUAACUUGCAAGACUCAGAUUCUGACAGUAAAGGAAACUCACCUUUUGGGAAGGUUGAAGAUAUCAAGGAGCCACCACCUCCUCUGAGUCUGAGCCAGCGAUGGGCUAGAAAAUUGAACAAAGCAAAUCCCUGGAUCCUGGGUAUCUCCAUCGCCGGUAGUCUAGGAUGCCUAUGUGUCUGGGUGACCUGUGGCCACAUAUUCUUUGAAAAGUUGCCAGAAUUUGUUUCCGGCUUUCUGUGAAGAAGGACAGCAAGACAUACACCGUGUCAAUUUGGAAUCCCCAAUGUCACCAAAAAAUGAAUGCUAAAGAAGAUGCCCAGAAAGCAUUCCAGAGGCUGGGUACAAACAUUAGGGCCCUGGUGUACAGCAGGGGGUCCUGGUUUUCUAUGGAAGCCCACACUCUGCCCCCCUCAUGAAGUUUGUGUCCAGCUCUCCCUUUCCUUUUAAGCCAUGAUCUUAUACUGAUGACCAAGAUGUGCAGGACCUGGGCUGAAGGCAGGAAGGAAGAGAAGUGAGGGCACUGGAGGUUUGCAUCUUCCAUCAAUUUUGUCUUCAUCUGUGUUGUCGUGUCAGCAAAAGCGAAGCACAAGAGAUGACUUGGAGCAGACUAGAUGUUGCAGUGAUGAGGUUCUCUCUUUAUUACUCAAGCUUCCACAUAUUUUUUUAUUGCAGCAUUCACCUUUGCCAUGUCAUAUAAAAUGGUGGGAACAAAGAACUUGGGGUGGAUUUUACCAAAAUGUACUACUGCAGGAUGUUCAGGAAAAGGGAUGUGGGCAAAAUGUGUUGGUACCCCUCUGCGAAAAAAGACGACCCCACAAUUGUCUCUGAAAUAACUUGAAACUGACCAAAGUCAUUGGCAGCAAUCAUUGUUUACUCCAUAUUUAACAAAAAUCAGACUUUGACUUCAAGUUUUGAUUCAAAAGAAUGUUUCAAAUAAUACCACAAAUGAAAAUGGCAUGGACACAAAUGAUGGGACCCUUCACCCAGGGCCAUCUUAACGCAUGGGCACGCUGGGCAGUUGCCCGGGG